CCAGCCCCGUGGGGUACCCAGGGCCAAGGGGUGCCCAGGCCCAUGGCGUGCCCAGCCCCGUGGGGUGCCAGGGCCGAGGGGUGCCCAGCCCCGUGGAGUGGCAUGGCUCAGCCCCACCUUGCUGAGGGGGGGGAGGAGGUUGUGCGUGUCCUGGUGCCACCUUGCAGCUCCCUCACCCUCCUGAGCCCCCUGACCUGGUGCCGUGCUGGGGUCAGGCCGUGGGGACCAGGGACAGGGGUGAGCUGGGGCUGGGGGCACUGUGUGCGUGUGCCAGGGGUGCGUGUGCCAGGGGUGCAUGCGUGUGGCAUGUCUGCACACACACACCUGGGCAGGCAUGUGCUGCAGGCGCAUCAGUGCUGUUGUGGGCAUGCGAGAGUACUGCGUGGGUGCUGGGGUGAGGGGUCUCCGAGUGUGAGUGUGAGUGAGACUGCACGUGCACGCGCAGCAGGGUGCGUGUCGGUGGAGGGGGGGUGCUCUCUGUGCUGCGUGUGCGUGUGAGGAGGGGGUGGGGCGGGCUGUGUGGCACAGCUGGUGACACUGCGUGUGCCCAGAGUGUGGGGAAGGAUGGAGCUGGGCUGCGGGGGUGCCCCGAGUGUGGGGAGGGACAGAGCUGGAGCACUGGGGUGCCUGGAGUGUGGGGAGGGAUGGAGCUGGAGCGUUGGGGUGCCCGGAGCGUGGGGAGGGACGGAGCUGGGCUGCGGGGGCUGCGGCACGCCGUGCUGCGUGCUCGGCCCAUGCCAGGCCGUACACAGGGUUUAUGGCCGUUCCUCGCGGCUCGCUGGGUUUGGGGAAAAGACUUUAUCAGCUCCGGUCCAGAGAGCAAGGGCUGAGCUGGGUGAAGGCUGGGCCGGGGCUGGGUGGCCUUGGCACGUGCUCCAGCACCCUGCGGGCAGGGCGAAGGCCUCUCCCCACCGGCUGCUCAGCACCCCCAGCCGGGUCUCGCCCCCUCCUCACUUUUCUCAGCACUCUGCCCACGCCUGGGGCUCAGCCUCUGGGUGCCACCUUCUGUCCUGCAGCAGAGACGCCCCCACCCCACACCACCCCCAGGGGGGCCGGGGGUGCCCCACAGGACUGCCUGGGGAGGGGAUGGGACGCGAGGGAGCCUCUGCUCGUGGGGCUGGAGGUGGGGAGCAGGCACUGGGCGGGCGAUGCUGUGCGUGGUGUGCUGCUCCGGCUCUGGGAGGGGGAUGCAUCUGCAGCUUGUUGGGGGCAGCUGAACACCCCCCAGCCCUGAGAGCUGUGGUCACUGAGGUGCCUGCGGAGCGUGUUGUCACGCUCGGUCGGGUGUUGCACCGUCCCGGCUCAGGGCAGCGCAGGCAGCAGACACGAGGCAGGCAGCUCUGCCCACCGCAGCCACACCUGGGGGGGUCUUAACCGCCCCCCGGGUCGGGGUCCUGCACCACGUCGCUCCAGAGGAUGCACAGGGCCGUGUCCAGGGACCCCCUCCCCCGAGGUGGGCAGUCCCCCGGCUGCAGGGUGAGGAUGCCGAGGGCCCCUCGCCACCCUCGGGCUGCCCCACGGGGCUCCUGCAGCUGGGGGAUGCGUGGGCUGGUGGUGCCAACGUCACCCCCAGUGGCACUCGGUCCCCCCCAAGGCCUCCCUGGGCUGGGGCCCCCUGGCGUGUGGGCCCGGUGGGAUGCGCAGGAGGGCACGGCGGUGGGAUGCGCAGGUGGGCACAGCAGUGGGACAGCUUCCUGCAUCCCGCUGGCUGUUGGGCCACAUGCCCCCCCGGCCGUGUGUGGCGGCAGCGGUGACGCCUGUUCACCCCUUCGCAGCCCCCCCAGCGCCCUGGGCUCGGUGCCACGGGCUCCCACGAGCCACCCUGGGCUGGUAUUUGCCCCGACGCCUCCCUACAAACCUGCUGCCGCCGGUCCCGGCCCCGCCUGCUGCCCUUCCUCGGCAGCGGGAGGAGGAGGAGGCAGCUGUGGGCCAGGGACGGUGCCAGGAGCGGGAGUGGGAGUGGGACACGAGCGGGGCCACUGCACGCGCCGGACGGGACAGGACGGGACAGGAGGGCUCGGCUGUGCCCCCCACCAGCUGUGUGGACGGGACCCUCAUGGCGGGGAGGAGUGGAAGGCGGGUGCUGGAGGAGAAGCGCUGGCAGAGCCUGGAGGAGGAGGGCAGCGCGGGCACCCGGCUGGAGCACCCCACGCUCGCCAGGUCCAAAACCUGUGACCCCCCCUUCUGCGAGGAGCCGGAGCCGGCUGUGGCAGCCGUGGGCAGGCAGGGACACCCGUCCCCGUUGCUGAGCAAGCAUGCCGCCGGCUACCGCAAAGCCUUUGGGGAGCUCGCCGAGCGGGAGGCACUGCUGGCCUGCUUCUCCUGCGCCUGGCAGAAAGAGGUGCCCUACCACGGCCGCCUCUACAUCUCCUCCCACCACAUCUGCUUCCACGCCAGCCUCCUGCUCAAGGACAUCAAGGUGGUGGUCCCCAUCGCUUCCGUCUCGACCCUCAAGAAGGCCAACACAGCGCUCCUGGUGCCCAAUGCGCUCAGCAUCCGCACAGCCAGGGGGGAGAAGUUCCUCUUCGUGUUGCUGCGCCAGCGGGAAGCCACGUACCAGGUCCUCAAGUCAGUCUGCAAACACCUGCAGGACAAGAGCUGGAACUCUCUGAGCAACAAGGAAGUCCUUAGGAAGUCUCGGGUAAGGCCAGGAAAUGCUGGGCAGGAGGGUUUCAGCGGAGGGAGGUGCAGCCCCAGCCCACUGGGCUGUGAUGGGGGUGGUUGCGGUCCUGCCACCUGGAAAGGCUUUAAGUGGAGACACGGAGUUGAAAAGCCGCAGCCCAGGGCAGCCCAGACCCCAGGACCCUCAGGUUUCCUCCUUGGGACUGGCAUGAGUCCCAUCGGGUCCCACCCGUGUCCCCAUGGCUGUGGGGUGAGUGCUCUGGGGACGUGCACCACCACCAGGUCUUGUCCUCUGUCAGACCUCAAGCCAGUCGGACCUGGAGCAGAGCACCCCGGAGCCCGACAGCCUCCAGGAUCUACCAGAUGGGCUGAUCCCGAUGCCAAGGCAAGCGAAGGAGGAGGAUGAGGAGGAUGAAGAGGCGGCGGCGCUGGCUCUGAACAGCAGGGGAUCCCACACUGCGCUAUGGGCCUGGAUCACUGCGCAGCUGAGCUCCCGCAACACCAUCAUCCUCAUCUACCUGCUGCUGUGAGUCCCCAGGGCCUGCUCACAACCCUCGGGGCUUCGAGACACCCCCAGGUCCCUGUCCCCGCUGCACCCUGGCACAGGCAGGCUCCCCAGUGCAGCACUGGCAGCCUGGGGGUCCCCCACUUCCCCUUGGGCACCUGCGCUGGCCCAGCCACUGUGUCCCCAAGGCGAGUGCGUGGCAGCCUGGCCGUGGUGUUGCUCCUGCCCUGUCCCCCUGCCCGGUGGUGACCCCUGUGCCUGAUGCUGGCCUGUUUCCCAGUAUGGUGGCCCUGCUGUUGUCCUCGGGGUACCUCGGUCUGCGCAUCGUGGAGCUGGAGCAGCAGCUGGAGUCCAUGGGGGCUUGGCCAGACCCCAAGCAUUUGCAGCAGUGAGUGGUGGAGCCGGGGAUGCUCCGUCCUCAGCACAGCAGGGACUCUCUGCGCCCUGACCUCUCCCCAGGACAGCAUCUUGUACGAAGAUGAGGACACCAAGGACCCAGCCAUCACCAGGGCCUCGGCCCCAGCUGGGGGGCGCAGGCUCGGGAGCUGCUUCCUCCACCUCUUGGGGGGCAGCCGGGGUCUCCACCUCGCUCCCCCCGUGUCUCCCCACCCUGAGCAGCAGCAGCAGGAGGAACCCAGGCAGCUCCCCGGGGGCAAAGAGAAGCGCACAGGGUCUGGCUGGGGUCCAGCGCCCAUCACCCCUGUCCCCAGCCCUCCCACCGAGGGGAUGUGGCAAGCAGCGGUGGGCCCAGUGCCGGGCAAGGCAGGGACAAAGGGACAGACUACCAAUAAAGGUGUGAACCCCCCCUCUGGGGGUGCUCUGGGGUAGGGGUGGCCCACGUUGCCCCCUCCCCAAGGACAAGUGGCUGCCUUAUUUCUUGGGACAAGUGGAGGGAGGCCGCGAGCUCCCCGCCCCAGGGCAAGACUUGUGGGGGGAGCUGGAGUGGCCGGCGUGGAGCAGCAUCCCACCAGGCCAGAAGCCCCAGGAUGAGCACCAACCAGCCCCCCACUCUGCAUCCCCUUGCCACACUCCCCAGGAGCACCCCAGCAGGGCUGGGGGACCGG